GGGCCUGUUCCCCUAAAUUAAAGUCGGCGAGAAAAUUCAUUUCCAUCAACGAUCAGCAUCGAUGAUUAAUCUCGCAUUCUAAAAAAAAAGCCAACCAUCAAAACUUGAAUUUCUUCUUCACUGUCUCCUUCCUUACAGUAAAAUGUCAGUGACACUUCACACUAAUCUUGGCGACAUAAAAUGCGAAAUCUUUUGUGAUGAAGUUCCAAAAGCUGCUGAGAACUUUUUGGCUCUAUGCGCCAGUGGGUACUAUGAUGGGACCAUAUUUCAUCGAAACAUAAAAGGUUUUAUGAUCCAGGGAGGAGAUCCAACUGGCACUGGCAAAGGUGGUACAAGUAUAUGGGGGAAAAAGUUUAAUGAUGAGAUAAGAGAGUCUCUUAAGCACAAUGCUAGGGGAAUCUUGGCGAUGGCUAACAGUGGCCCAAAUACCAAUGGAAGCCAAUUCUUUUUAACAUAUGCUAAGCAGCCUCAUUUGAAUGGAUUGUAUACUGUGUUUGGAAAGGUGAUCCAUGGCUUUGAGGUUCUUGAUCUUAUGGAAAAGACAAAAACAGGUCCAGGGGAUCGCCCACUUGCUGAAAUUAGGCUCAACCGUGUCACCAUACAUGCUAAUCCCCUUGCUGGUUAGCAUUCAGGGGCAAGAUGCGACUUCCUCAUCAUAUACUAUGUAGAUGACAGUGUAUUCACUUUAACCUGCAAUUUUAGUGACUAGUUGAACGAUAUCAAUUGCUCUCCUGCACAAUGUAUGGCACAGUGGGUAUUGUAAUUUCAUUGGCUCAUAGUUUGUGAAAACCAUGUAAACUGUUCAAUUGGUUAGGAUUUAGUACACUGAUGAUUAAUGAUAAUCUAACAUUUUGAGAAAUGUCGUUCAUGACA